CAGAUUCUGAUCCGUCUAGGGGAGAUCGGAAUCAUUUUCCAGUAACUAUUCUGCAUUUCUACUUCAAAGCCAAAGGCAAGGAGUGAUACGCCAUUGGCGGCCAAACUUCCCACCCUUCAAGGGUUUGAUCUCUGAUGCAAUCUGUCGAAGAUGGUGGACGAAAUAGGUGUAUGGAUGACCUGUCCAAUGACCAAAUAUCUUCAAGAUGAGCUCUCAAAACGAUUCAUCCUCUUCAAAUCAUGGGAAAUCCCCUCCAAGGUCCAGUUCUUCAACCAACACUCACGUUCAAUCAGAGCACUUGUAGGAAACGGAAUCCAUGGAGCUGACUCCAGCUUAAUCGAGUCGCUUCCACGUCUAGAGAUCAUCUCAAGUCACAGUUCUGGUUUAAACCAGAUUGAUUUAGUAAAAUGCAAAGAAAAGGGGAUCUUCGUCACAUCCACCCCUGAUUCCUUGACCGAUGAAGUCGCUGAUUUGGCUGUAACACUUACUUUGGCGACUCUCAGAAGGAUUUGCGCAGGCGAUAAGUUCGUAAGAAAUGGAUCUUGGAAGCAACGAGACUUCAAAUUGACCACAAAAGUUAGUGGGAAAUCGGUGGGAAUUGUAGGGUUGGGAAGAAUCGGAUCAGCAAUUGCUAAGAGAUUGGAGGGAUUUGGUUGUCCAAUUAGUUACUACUCCAGAUCAAAGAAACCAAAUUCAGGUUACAUAUACUAUCCAAACGUGAUCGCAUUGGCUUCAAACUGUGAAAUCCUGGUUAUCGCCUGUUCAUUAACAGAAGCAAAUCAUCACAUAAUCAACCGUGAAGCCAUUGAUGCUUUAGGGCCAAAUGGGUUUCUCAUCAACAUUGCACGAGGGGCUCAUGUUGAUGAACCAGAGCUCGUUUCAGCUCUUGUUGAAGGAACUUGCACCCAUGAAACCCGCAAAGCUAUGGCUGAUCUUGUUGUCGCAAAUCUGGUGGCUUACUUCUCUAAUCACCCAUUGUUAACCCCUGUGUGCUUUUAG